AUGUACAGAAAUGUCGCAUCUGCUCUUGCUGAAAAAGAAAUGCAGCAUCAGUCAAAUUUUGGUGAAACGAUGGAUGAUAUUACGGGUGAGGAUAGGCUAGAUGAAGGUGUCUCUGAAAAACGAUGUAGCCGUUCAGGCUGUCCCCAUCGAAUCAAAAAAGAUGGUUUCAAUUGCAAGGAAUGCCAAUCGCAGAUAUAUUGCAGUAACGUAUGCGCAGAGAGACAUUGGCCGGAACACAAACUUACUUGCGAGUGCCUUAAUUAUGUUUUGAGCAUCGAUAUGUAUCCCCAGAGAUAUUACAACUAUCGGCAUGGUCGUAUCAUGUCCUGUCCAGCAAGAGCCACUUUUGAGGACCUUUACCAAGCACUCAGCCUCUCCCUGCCAUGUCUUCGACCUAUAUACCACUUUUCCAUCUUUGACAUGGGCCAGAUAAAGAGGUCGAUCAGCAGUCUUCCACUACCUGAUAAAAUUAUUACGGAACCGAAACCAGACUAUAGUGUAUUAGAUCGUCGCCCUGAUCUACGGCCAUUACAAGAAGACAGUCGACGGACAUCUCUUAUUGAUAUUUUCUGCGAAUAUCCAUAUGAACAGAGCCAAAAGGUUAUUCACUACACAAGUCGAGACCCCAGGACUCAGAAAGCCUGGCAGUAUAUGAUCUUAUUCAUGGAAAGAGCACCAAUCUCUCCAUUCCUGAUUAUUUGGAGUGGUGCCUCUCGAUGUAUAGAGGAUUAUGGCAAAGGUCAAAAUUGUGUGACCUUGAGACUUGCAUAUGAAGCCUCUGAACCGACAGAAGAACAGAGAAAAUUGCUGUCUUGGUACGAAUUAAUCGAAGACUCGAAGGCUAGCGGAGAAAGAAUCAACCAAGCUCUGAGCCGUAUCCGAAUUUCCACGCGUCCCUCCAAUACCCAUUCUUCGCAUAACGAAGCAGAAGGCUUUUCCUAG